CUACCUAUUGUUGAUCAGUCGGUUGAGAGAGAUUGAGGAAGGCGUUGUCACCUCACUCAAUUUCGGCUCUCUCCAAAACCAAACCCUAAUAAAUUUUAUUUUUCUUUUUGAGAAAGUCAAUCCCUUUAAUUUACUUGCUCCAAAUUUCUGAAAAUCUGGUGACCUCCUUAAAUGCCUUGUUGGUCUCGAUUUCAUUCGGAAAAAUAGGGUGAUGGGUUCGGGAAAUCACGAAGUCGUGGAUGUUAGUUCAGACGAGGAGGAGGUCGAUGAAGACUUCGAUUGGCUUAACGAUCUGUCUUCGGACAGCACCGAUGUAGUCGAGGUGCUCUCUGAGAUGAAAGGCAGCGUUGAUUCUCACUACCGGAAGCCUAAAGCUAAAGCUUUGGAGGAGGAUGACGACGAUUGUGUGAUUCUGGAUGGUGAUCCCGACAAGACAACCAAGACUGAUACUGAUAAAUUAGCCAAGGAUGACGAUGAGGUGCUUGUAGUGGGUCAAAAGGGUGAGAUAGCCUGUCGAGACUUCCCUCAUCCCAGACAUUCCUGUGCUAAUUACUCUUUCAACUCAACAUCACAUGAGAAAUACUGCGACAUGUGUCACUGUUAUGUCUGUGACAUCCCUGCUCCAUGUGCAUACUGGUGUAUCGCUGUCUCCAGCAUAGAACAUUGUCAUGCUAAUGACAAAGAAAAGAUUUGGAGGAAUCAACGAGAGUUCUUCAGGACAGGAACUAUGCCCACCGAACCGUCUCCAAAACCCCUACCAGCUUCACCAACUGCUACCCGCCAUAUUCCACCGUCUCCUAUUCCAAAUAUCAUCAGGCUCUCCCAAAACCCUUUGCCAGGGAGCAUGAUCGGUAUCCGGCCUUGCUCAUCAUCCAGCCGUGUUGCUGCGAACCUGUCAAACGUCAGCGCCAGGCAGAGAAGUCCACACAAUCAUGGGUUGCAGUCAUUGGUCGGUGGUCGCAGCAACAUCAUCCGAAAGGAUAGAAGUUCUUAUAGUGGUGCUAACUUGAGGUCCCGGAUGGCCUCGUCAGGAACUCGGUAUAGUGGUAACAGCGUCAGGGUGGGUCUACAUACCAACGCUAAAGUCUCACAAUCCACCCACCAUAUCCCUUCCGUAGUGGCACCACCAACCAUAACCGCAGAAAUGUACGCUCAACAACAACAACGCAGUCCUCAUCUCAAUAUCCCUGAUUAUCGUGCAGCGGUGACCGGGAGCAAUCUUUACACUCAACAUUCAGUCCAGAGCAAAAGUGUCGGUCAGUUUCAGGCAAAUGCAGGUCUGUUUGCGCCACCUGAGCCUCCUCUUACCACCGGGGGUUUGCAAGCACAGACUGUUCAACAGCAACCACCGGGAACUAAUGAAAACGUCUUGCAGACCAAACUGUCGGAAGUUGAGAGCUGGCUUAUGGACAGCUCUAACCAAGUCGGCCUGGUUAGCCCGUUGCCUGAACCGGUAGGUGAAGACAAUGUCAGUCCGUUGACAUUCGAUUUUGAGAACUUCUUGAAUGACUGAAACAGUACUAUAGUUUGUAAGACACCCAGCUUUCCGUACUGGAUGAGCUUAGAUUACUUGAAUCAUUAUUGUAUAUAAAUUUAUUAGCUGUUUUUAUUUUAAC